AUGUCGCGACGACCGCCCAGAGGAGAAUACAUCGAGACCGACACCGGCAACAAGGUCGCUCGCAAGGCCACUUUGGUCGGCACCCAAAACAUCAUGCUCGGCGGCAAGACAGUCAUCCAGCCCGACGUCAUGAUCAGAGGCGACCUCGCCAGGACGAUUCCACCAGCCCAGUCCGCGUCCGGCGGUCCAGCCAACAACACUGCCGUUGCAAUAGGCCGUUAUUGUUUCCUGAGCAAAGGUUGCAUUCUUCGUCCGCCGGGGAGGAUGUACAAGGGCGUCUUCACCUUCAUGCCCCUCCGCCUCGGCGACCAUGUCUUCGUCGGCCCCGGUACCGUCGUCCAAGCUGCUCAGAUCGGCAACCACGUCCAUAUCGGUGGUAAGGUCGUCGUUGGCGAGUUUGCCAUCAUCAAGGAUUAUGUUAAAGUCCUCGACGGCUCGGUUGUCCCUCCGAAUAUGGUCAUUCCCAGCUUCAGCAUCGUUGCUGGUCAGCCGGCGCGUAUCAUUGGCGAGAUUCCCGAGGGAGGAAUCGAGGCGUUCGAGCUGAGAGAUCUGUACAAGACGGUGGGAAAUAAUCCGCAGCCGACGGCGUCCUGA